AAGCACUCACCCCCCGACAUGCCCUGCUCCAUUUACUCCACCAGUACUGCAGUAUUCUACACGCCACCCAGAUCGCUGAAGAGGAUUUUCCGUUCCCCUCUCGUCUGGUUGUCCGGCUGGAACUCGGUGGCACUGGGUGCUGGGCAGGUGCCUGGAGCGGGUUUGUGUUACGUGCACAUCAGAAUGCACCCAAUGGAUGGCUGCGAUGCGCCAGACAAAAAGGCUGCCCUGCCCGCCCUGGACUGAAUGCAAUGCUGUGCUAGGUAUACACACGUUCGUUCCCCGUCAACAGUCAACAGUCGUUAAAGUGACCAUCAUCCCCCCACGAACCCGUUCUGCCUCCUGCCUUGGCUGGUAGUGUAGUUGCUGCAGCAUCACCAUCGCUAUUACCGCCGUCGUCAAAACAGCAGCACCAGCAGCCAUGCGGUUCGUCGGUGGGCCUCUUCUGGCGGCCUUAGCCGCUUGCGGGACCGCCUCUGCGGAGCGCCUUGAAUACGCCAAACAUACAACGACGACAACAUCGGAACACUUGGUUCCUCGGAGGGUUUGGGACCAUAACCCCUAUUUCCACAACACGACGACGACUGUCAACCGUCCAACUCCUCCUUAUGAAACCACGUCUCCUCCUUAUGUCCCGUCAUCUCAUCUUCCUCAUGGCCCCAGUUCUCGUCCCCAUGCCCCGUCAUCUCCUCCCUAUCCCAUAUACUCUCCGUUUCCUCCGGAGAUAUGUGAAACCGACCCCGUAACAACGACUGUCUACAAGUAUAAAACCAUGACUACGGCAAUCGCGUCUGUCACCCAAACCGUCACCUCGACUCGAUUCAUGGCACCGCCUCGUCCUGUCCUGACAUUCACGAAACUGCCGCCGAAUGCUACGAGUACCGCGCUGAUGCCGGGCACGGGAGGCGCUACUACGGCAGAAGAUGCUACAGCCACAGACACGCUCGCAGCCAGCACUGCAACGCAAGAAAAAACCACACGGACUGUUGUCGUUGUCGUUGUCGCUCCGACGUCCGAUGUCACAAUGACCUGGACUCGCCUGGAUCAACCACCGCCUACCGAUGAAUUCAAUACUUUUGAUUCGCAGUCGUGGACGCCUGCCACCGCCACCGCUCCCAGCAACGGCACUAUGACCACAGCUCAUUCUGUGAGGAAAAGGGACAAACGAUAUGGGUAUUAUUACGGUAGAGAUGUCACCGAAAUUAUUACCGGGACGGGAGGAGGAGUGCAUACGCUACCAUCCUGCUCGCCACGCAAGACCAUCACCGUGACCAUGUCGAAAACCCUCUCCAAGAGUUUCGUCUCAACUUUCACCAAAACAAAAGUCACAACCGUUACCGCACAGCCUUCGAUGUCCGAGACCAUCGCUUUCCCCUCAACCUCAGCCGGGGAAGCUGAAACAGUAACAAGAACGACGCCUGGGGCCCAGCCCAAGCCUACGCCUACGGAAAUUUUUGUCACUGUUACUUCGACCAUCAAUGAGGUCUCAAAUCCCAGGACGGUAUGGGUGCAGCCUCCCAGGCUGCCCGGCUCCGGUGGUGGGGCCCCAGUCACAGCUAUACCUAAUGAUGGAGCAUCAGGAGGGGAUACGACUCAAGACUUGGCACAAAAUCCACAGGUGCCGACCCAGGUACCGCCACCGGUAACACAGCAGCCUCCAGGACCAGUAUCACAGCAACCUCCAGUACAACAGCAGCCUCGGCCAGUACCACAGCAGCCGCCAGGAGACGUAACUACUGAUGCAGUGACAACGAACAAUGGAAGGCCCGCGGUUACUCCUGUUCUUGCUCCGAUCCCUGGUGAUGCUGUGGUGACAACAGUUAUCGGCGGCACUCCAACCGUUGUAUUGGGAAGUCCAACCACCGUCGGAGGAACCACCAGGGUUGUAGCUCCGGACGGAGGACCCGUAAGGACCACGGUUGUCGGCGGGGUUACAAUCGAUAUUCCAGAAGGACCGACCGUGGUGCUUGGAGGGACGACAAGGGUUGUGCCUGUGAAUGGUGGUGGCGGCGGGACUCCAACUACGGUUGUACUAGGCGGAACCCCCACGGUCGUCGGCGGGGUCACCACGGUUAUCGGUGGGGUUCCCAUCAUGACCGGCGGCACCCGGACAACCGUCGACGGUGCACCCACGAUCAUUGGCGGCUCCUUGACGUUCAUCGGCGGAUUCUCUACAGUCAUCGGAGGUACACCGACAGUUGUUGGUGGAACGACCACAGUUAUGGCCGGUAAUGGUGGUGGCGAAGUGAGGACCACAGUCGUCGGCGGAACACCCACCGUGAUCGGAGGACAGACCACAGUCGCUGGCGGAACACAGACCGUGAUCGGAGGACAGACCACGGUUGUCGAUGGAACAUCCACCGUGAUCGGAGGACAGACCAUGGUCGUCGGCGUAACACCAACCGUCAUCGGAGGACAGACCACGGUCCUCGGCGGAACGACUUCGGUGGUUGCCAUUGGUGGCCCGGACAGGACUAUCGUCAUUGGCGGGACUACCAGCGUCAUCGGCGGAACAUCUACAGUCAUUGACGGGACCUCUAUGGUGGUGGGUGGGCAGACCACAGUCGUCGGUGGAAUAACGUCGGUCAUUGCUGGAGGAACUGAGGGAAGAACUACCGUCAUCGGCGGGACUACCAGCGUCAUCGGCGGAACAUCUACAGUCAUUGACGGGACCUCUAUGGUGGUGGGUGGGCAGACCACUGUCAUCGGUGGAAUAACGUCGGUCAUUGCUGGAGGAAGUGAGGAAAUGACUACCGUCAUCGGUGGGACCACGACAGUCGCCAACGGACGGACCACCGUCGUCGGGGGCUCCACGGCAGUCAUAACCGGGGGCAGUGACGAAAUGACCACCGUCAUCGGUGGAACCACAACAGUCGUCAACGGACGCACCACCGUCGUCGGCGGCGUUACUGCGGUUAUAACCCAAGGAGCAGAGAGGACAGUGGUAGUCGGCGGCACGACCACAGCCAUCAAUGGACGCACAACAGUGAUCGGAGGAACGACGUUGCUCAUGGACCCCGAGCCAACCGGGGAUGUGCGGACCACCGUCAUGGGCGGAUCAACAUCGGUAGUCGGUGGAACCACCACCGUAAUCGGAGGAAGCACCUUUGUCCUCGACGGUUCGACCACCGUAUCCGACGGCACAACGGUAGUCGUGAGCGGCACCAGCAGCAGCACUGUCGAAGCCAGCACCACUACUUCCGACGAAUCCGCAACGACGACAUCCGCCAGCACCGGACGUGCCAGCGCCUCUCGCUCCUCGGCCGCCAUGGCCGGCUCCCGGCCAGCCGCAUUCGCAUCGUCGUUCCUGCCGCUGCACCUUGUCUUUGCGGGUAUUCUCGGCGCCGCUGUGGUCCUCGUCUAAUCUACUUCUUCUUUUUGGCGUUCCUUCAUUUCAUUUCCUUCUCUUUUCUUUAAAAGUAUAUGGCGUACAUGCAUGCACACUAAUGACUUGACACGAUGGAUGGACUCUCUCUCUUUACGCGGGAUUUUGGUUAUGAACGGAUCGGAAUAUGAUAUGUAUGGGUGGGAUGGUUUUUGUUUUCUUUGGGAGGGGAUGGGAGGGAGAGGGGGAGGGGGGCGCACAUGUAAGGUUCUUUCUGUCACAAACAAAGUAUCUGCCUGCCAUAGAAUACUGCUACGUUUAAUUAUACCUACUUCUCUG